GAUUCCGACGCCAUCGCAUCCGAGUCCUCCCGGAGAAAUCGAUCGUAGCUCUCUCUGUGCCCUCUUCGCUUCCAUAAGAUCACAUCCCUCGAGAAAGAAUCCAAAGUUCGUUUCUUUUUUCCAAUUUCUCGUUUCACCAAACGCGCGUCGAACCCUAAAACCCUCAAUUGGUCCUUUUUGGGUGUGAAGUAUCGCUUGGAGAUUUCUAGGGUUUCGUAUCUGAAUUUGCGGAGAUCGAAAACACUCUUUGUGGGUUUUCCCUUCAAGCUUCUGAAAACAGAGUAAAGCUUUUAAAAGGACUGCUUUCAUUUGGAUGGGAAGUCUCUGUGGUUAAACUACAUUAGUGAUAUGGAGGCACAAAUUCAUCUACUUGAGCAGGAAGCAUACACCGCUGUUUUAAGGGCUUUUAAAGCGCAGUCUGAUGCUAUUUCUUGGGACAAAGAAAGUCUGAUAACAGAUUUGCGUAGAGAACUAAGGGUAUCUGAUGACGAACAUCGAGAGCUUUUGAGCAGGGUCAAUAAGGAUGAUACCAUUCAACGGAUAAGAGAUUGGAGACAGGGAGGCGAAAGUCAAGUCCCUUCUAGACAUGCAACUAAUCAGGGUUUUGAUGUUGUUCCUAGUCCAACUUUCUCAGCUUCCCGGAAGAAACAGAAGCCAUUUCAAUCUUAUCCAUCAUUUGGUGCGGCUGGGAAUAGGUCAUUCAAUAGUCGUGUUGUAUCCGGUGGCAUUUCAGCAAAUGAAUCUGCCGAAGCACUUAUCGGAAGAAAAGUGUGGACAAAAUGGCCUGAAGACAACAACUUUUAUGAAGCAAUUAUAACCCAGUACAACGCAGCUGAGGGUCGGCAUGCUUUGGUGUAUGAUAUACACGCAGCAAAUGAGACGUGGGAAUGGGUUGAUCUCAAGGAGAUUCCUCCGGAAGAUAUAAGGUGGGAUGGAGAGGAGAGUGGGGUAGCUUUAAACGCUGGACUUGGAAGUGGAUCAAUCCGUGGCAACAGAAGGAACUACCAAAGCAAUAUUGGUAGAGGGAGAGGACCAAGAAUUCAUCAACCGAGAAGAGAUUUUUUACCAACACAACAGAAUGGUGGUGGUGGUGGUGGUGGUGGUGGCCGGAUAACUUCAUCUGAUGAUAUUGAAUUGUUCAACACUGAUUCGCUUGUGAAGGAGGUGGAGAGAGUUUUCGAUACUGCUCAUCCUGAUCCUCUUGAGCUUGACAAGGCCAAGAAAAUGCUCAAGGAACAUGAACAGGCGCUUAUUGCUGCCAUUGCAAGGCUUGCGGAUACUUCUGAUGGUGAGCUGGAUGGAGAUCCACCAGAUUCGCAUGACCAUCCAAUGGCACAGGGAUGAUGGAAAAGCCGUCUGUAAUAUUAAUGGUGUUUGGUUUUCAUCAAACCAAGGACUCUGGAUUUAGAAAUAAAACAAUGUUGGUAACCUGACAAAGAAGAUUGGGGAUUGAUUAUUGAAGUGUUGUUUCAAAUUGUGAUGAGCAAAAAUGUAAGAAAGAAUUGUUAGGAAUGGGGGAUUAAGUAGGAUUGAGGCUUGUA